AUGAGUGUGAAGAAUAAGUGUAUGCUAAUUUAUAAUGUUGCUUGCUGCACCUUGUGGGUAAGUGUUUUGUUCAUAUCAUUACAGUAUGUUUUUAAUAAAGAGAAAUACCCUAUAAAAACCUUUUGGCCAAAUUAUAAAAAUUUGAUAACAGUAACACAAUCUCUGGCCGUUUUGGAAAUUUUAUUUACACUUUUUGGCUUAAUCAAAUCAGUUGUAAGCAUUGUAACAACGCAAGUGUGCAGUCGACUCUUUGUCGUUUACCUCAUUUUUAAUUACCUUCCUGAAAAUAACAAGUGGAUCUUUUCUUGUUUAAUUAGUUGGGCCCUUAUCGAUAUAAUUCGCUAUUUAUUUUACUCUUUGAAUCUACUGAAUUUUCACAUUAAUUUAUUGGCAUCCUUGCGGAACAAGUUGCCCUUGAUAUUAUACCCAAUAGGAAUAACAUCAGAAGUUGUCUGUACUAUAUCUAGCCUCAAAAACAUUCACGCCACACCAUUUCUGAGAGCAUACCCAUAUUCUAUGCCCAACAAUUUAAAUUUCCAAAUUGACAUUUACUACUUUUGCAUAUUUGUCUUAAUCCUUUACAUCCCAGGGGGGAUUUUGCUUUACGCGGCAGCCAUGAGGAAAAGCAAAAAGGAAGAACAGGGAACAGACAAAAAGUUGGAUCGAAGCAACAAAAAGACGUUGUAA